AUGGUCAAGUGCGAGUCCGACCCCGACGGCGGCGGCGUCCCCGGCGGCACGGCCGCCAUGCUGCUGGACGCGGGGGGCGGCUUCCGCCUCGACUCGGACGGCGGCCACGAGGCGGACGCCCUGGAGGCGCUCACCUGCACCUCGACGUCGGCCUCCUCCUACUCCAUCUACAAGCAGCGCAUCGACUCCAUGUUCGACGAGACGCGCUCCCUGCUGUCCGGCUACGGCUACUUAAGGGGCGCGGACUGGCUGGAGGCCGCGGCGCGGACAGAGGCGGAGCGGCGCUCGAGGAAGAACGCCAACGCGGUGCAGGCCCGCAUCGAGAAGAUGUUCGCCGAGAUGUCCACCGGCGGCUCGCGCAGCGGCCUGGUGGAGCAACGCUUCUCCGUGGACUACCUCGGGUCCGUGCCGCUCGUGGACAAGGUGACCACGCUGCAGGGACUGCAGGGCCCGCUCAAGGACCUUUACUUCGGCUACCGGCGCGCACGGCGCGGCUCGCAGGCUGGCGCCGAGCCUGCCACCGCCGAGGCCAAGCAGUGCGGGCAGCAGCCGCUGUGGACGCCCGGCUUCCUGGAGAUCUCCGGCAACGGGCUCCGCGUGCACCACGCCCUCCCCGACGACCAGCAGGCCGGCAGCCUGGGCCAGCUGGAGCAGCUCAACCCGUUCCCCAGGAUCGCCGUGUGGGCCGCCGUGCAGUUCGUGUGCCGCGAGCGCGCCGCCACGGCCCAGGCCAUGGAGUGCGCCUUCCUGCCGCUGAUCCCGGACCCCGCCCACGGCGGCGUGGACAAGGACGCCCUCUUCCGCGACCUGAGCGGCGCCGAGGAGCGCGACGGCCACCGCGCGCCCAUGUUCGCCGUGGUGAUGCGCGGCAAGGACAAGGCGGGCGCCUCGCGGCAACUCGAGUGCCAUGGCUUCGUGUGCGCGUCGUCGGAGGACGCCAUCAUCAUGGCCGCCAACCUGUACCAGGCGCUCAUGGCCAGCAUGCGGACGGCCGCGGCGAACGGCAUCGGGCGGCUGAGCAUCGCGGGCAGCGUGUGCGGCGACGGCCCGGCCGCGGACUCGGGUUCGGGGCUGGGCUCCAUCACGGCCUCGCUGUCCGGCGCGGGGACGUCGGCGGAGAGCAGCUGCAGCAACGUGGACAGGACUCCCGAGGACGCGGCGAGCUUGGCUGCCCUGCAGGCCACCAAGCAGGCUGCGAGGCAGCCCGUCAAGCAGCCCGUCAAGCAGCCCAUCAAGCAAGGCGCCCAGCCCAAGAGGGGCUCGCCACCCCCACUGCCCAAGGUGCCUCCCCCGGUGCCGAAGCGACCGCCGAGGAAGAAGAAGACCUCGGGAUCCUCCACGGACGGCGAGGACCUCAUCGUCCUGGAGGACACCAGCGAGCUGCCUCGCAACGGCAAGGCCACCGUGUCCUCCAUCCGAGGCAGCUACCUGCCCAGGGCGGGGGGUGGCGAUCGCAGCGGGGGCGGCCCGGGCCGCUCGGCCGGCAUGCGGCGGUCUCAGUCGGGCCUCAUUCCCACCCCGGAAGUGGGCUGCGGCACUGGCUCGAGCGCGCCGGGGGACAUCCUGACCAAGGUGGCCAUCCCCCGCAGCCACAGCUUCCUCAACGCCAACGGGCCGCUGACGCGCUACAGCCGCCGGCCGCCCAGCCACACGCGGCCGCCGGGUACCGUGGACCCGACCGCAGGCUCGGCCGCCCUCCACGGCGGAGGCGGCAUGGGUCGCGCGGGGGGCGGUGGAGGUGGCAGCCCUCUCGGCUUCAACGAGCUGUUCACCGAGUUUCGCCAGCAGGAGGGCCUCGACAGCCUGGACGACAUCCUGGGCGCUAUCAUCGACGCCGAGGGCAUGUCCUUCAACGACCUCAAGCCCAUCUACAAGGAGUUCCUGCUCAAGCUGGCGCUGACGCUGACCAAGGACGAGCUGUACCACCGCAGCAAGGCCAUCAUGCGGCGGCAGCGCAAGAAGCAGCUCCUGGGCGCGGGCCGCUCCAGCCGGCGCAGGGGCAUCGCCUACACGGCCGUGUACAUCAAGAAGGCCGUGCGCCGCUCCAUCAACAAGCUGCGGCCCAGCAAGCGCCUCGGCCUCGGCAAGCUGCUCUUCAGCGACAAGGCCAAGGCCGCGGCGCCCAAGGCCAAGGUCAUCGCGCACAAGAGCAAGUGCAAGAAGAGGGCCAAGCCCGUGGCCGUCGUGUCGUCCUCGUCCAUCUCGUCGUACCCGUCGUCCAACUUCCGCAUGAGUCGCCGGCCCAGCAUCAGCGUGAGCCAGGCGGCCAACGCGGCGUGCAACGUCAACGUCAACGUGAGCAUCAACAACCGCGCCGCCAGCAACGUCACCAACGUGACCGGCAACAAGGCGCGUUUGCCGCGACGCCGCAGCAGCAGGAGGAGCAGCCGGCACCACCAGUCCGCGCUGCCGCCGCCCGUCACCAGCACCUCGGAGGACAGCGACUUCUUCACCAUGAUCCGCUGCGACUCGGCGCGCGGCGGCCGGCCGGGGGCGGCCACGGCGUGGGGCACCAAGGGCGGCGCUGGCACGGCCGGCGGUACGGGUGGCGGUAUGAACCGAUCGUCCAGCGGCUACGUGUCCUGCUCGGACUGCAGCUACGACAGCGAGUCCUGCACGUGCCUGUCCGCGGAGCGCUGCUACUGCUCGCUGUCCAAGUACCGGCCGCACCCCGGCGCGCUGCCCGGCAAGCUCCCCAACGGGCUGGCCAACGGCCUGGCCAACGGCUUCAGCGACCGUCUGAGCUCCCUGCCGCCGACGGCACUCUCGGGGCAGCCUCACGUCUGCGGCUGCGACACGGACUCGUGCCAGGGCAGCGACAAGUGCUACUGCACCCAGCGCACCCACAAGGGCGACCCGCUGCCGUCCCUCGCGCCGUCCGCGCGACAGCGGCGAGGCUCCAGCGCGUCGGCCGUGCACAUGACCACCGCCACCGCCACGCCGCCACCCGCCAACAUCUUCGAGCAGCUGCGACAACAAGGAUUCGCCGCGUCCGACUCGAGCCUGUCGCGCGCCGAGUCCCCGAUGACGGCCUGGUGCAAGAACGAGUCCCGCGUGUCCCACGGCGCGCGCCACCGCGGCAGCAGCGGCGGAAACGCGGGGGGCGAGCGACGACGACAGCGCGCGGCCUCGUCCGCGGGGAGCAUGCGGUCGUCCAGGAGCCUCGAGUUCCUGCAAGGCCCACUGCUCGGGCACCUGCAGGGCCAGCACCUACUGCCGCAGCAGCAGUACCCCGGGCCGCAGGGCUCCAUCUGGGACCGGCCCGGCGGAAAGCCACCCAAGGGCAAGGGCAAGGCCUCCAAGGCCUCCAAGGCCUCCAAGCAGUCCCCCAGCAAGGCCGUGUUGGAUGGCUUCGGCUCGGCGCGCAGUCGCUGCCCCAGCAGGAUGGACAUGUACCGCUCCAGCUCGCGGUCCUGCUCGUACGUGGCAGCCGCCGUGCUGGAGCCCCUAGGCCUCGGACACAGCAUGGGCUCUGGGCGGCACGGCCGGUCUCGUUCCGGUUCCACGUCUGGCCUCGGCCUCGGCCCCCACCAGAGCAGAGCCGCGUCGCGCGCAGGCAGCAGGCCAUGCAGUAGGCCGUGCAGCAGGCCGUCCAGCCGCGCGGGCAGUCACUCCGGCAGCUGGGUGUGCGAGGACGAGGACGCCGACGAGCCCGUGGACGAGACCGUGGACGAGGACGACGUUCAUCUUCUGCUGGGCGAUGCGUCGUCAUCCUCUCGGCGCCAGUCCUCUCGCUUGCAGGCGCGCCAGGCUCGGCAGCAGCGGAAGGUGCUGGUCGUGUCGGCCCGCGACCCCACCGGCCGCGUCAUCUACAUGGGGUCGUCGGCGUCGGCCUCGGCCAACGGUGCCAGCAGGGCGCGGCAGGACAGGCAGGACGCUGCGCAGGGCCUCGGCCAAGCCGUCAAGGCCGGCCAGUUCUUCCCCCGGGCGUCGCUGUCGCACGGUUCGUCCAGCCGUCGGCAGUCGCGGGGCAGCAUGUCUCGGAACGGUCUGGACCUCGGCAUAGGGCUCGGCGUGGGGCACGCCGCGCUCACGGCCAAAACGUCGGACCGGUCGGACUCGUACCCGGACCGCCCCAACGGCAGCAUCACCAGCAUGGCCGUGACCGGCGAGGCCCUGUCCGUCAAGAAGUCAGCCGAGAUCGCCGCCCUCUUCACGGGCGUCAAAGUGAGCCAGACCACGGACAUCGUGGCCACGGCGCGCAGCACGGACUGCACCGUCACGGACAGCAGGGACAGCAGCACGACGACGGGCGACGGCGACGGCGAGGACAUGGUGUACAGCUCGCUGGACGGCCGCGGACAGGGCCAGGGCGGCCCAGGCGGUCAGGCACAACGCGCGCGCCCGGGCAUGUACCUGAGCCACACCGUCAGUGUCGGCAGCAGCCUGGAGAACAGUCUGGGCUACCUGCCGUAGUCGGUACCUACGUAUCUGGGUUCUUAGGGUAGGUAGUCUCGGGGAACCGACAUCAUUCAAGUCAGCCCCAAGAAAGGGGCGAAAGUGUUCACGAAAACUUAAGAGUAAAAGUGUCUUGUGAUUUGUAAAAAAAUUAUGCUGUAGCACUCAGGUGGGGUGUACUUCAAUCAACUAACAAAUUGGUAUUUUUCUCGCAACACAAAAUUGUUGUUAAGUGAUAUGCGGUAAUGUUAUUAUGAUAUUUUUAUAAUUUAUUUUCUAUAGUUUUUAUACUGUGAUGGGUGUGACUGAUAAAAGUAUAUUACAACGUUUGAAUAGAGGACUUAGUAAGUUGCCCUGUGUGGAUUUUAAUUUUAAUCGUAUGUAUAAUGCCAUUACAUGUUCUUUAAAUAAAAUCCUCAUCGUGAGAACAAUGUGUAUAGCUGUUCAGA